UAAAUGUUCAGAAGCAGAUUGCAAUGUGCUGGUGAUUUUUGUUUCGUGUGUCAACAGAUUGAGGUUGACAAAAUUGACUACCAUCAUUAUUUACCAAUGUUCUUUGAUGGUUUGGUUGAAACAACUCACCCUUAUAAAUUCUUUGCUCGUCAAGGAAUUAAAGAUAUGUUGCAACAUGGUGGAUCCAAGAUUUUACCUGUAGUGCCUCAACUAAUAAUCCCAAUUAAAAAUGCCUUGAAUACUCGGGAUCCUGAAGUGGUAUGUACGACUUUGAAAGUUAUUCAACAGCUUGUGAUGUCUGCCGAUAUGAUAGGCGAGGCUUUGGUACCAUAUUACCGUCAGAUACUUCCAAUUUUGAAUAUCUUCAAAAAUAAAAAUGUAAACAGUGGUGAUGGAAUUGACUACACUCAAAUGAAAGAAGAAAAUAUAGGGGAUCUCAUACAAGAAACACUGGAAAUACUGGAACGUUUUGGAGGAGAUGAUGCAUUUAUCAAUAUUAAAUAUAUGGUACCCACUUAUGAAUCCUGCUUAUUAAAUUAAAUGAAAUUUAAAUAUAUUUUUAAUUGGACAGCAAAAUAAAUAACAGAUUCCUUUUACGGUGCUCAUGUUCAAAAUAUGAUUCAAGUAAUCAGUCAUAUUUAUUUCUCUUCCAAGAAUUGCCUCAGGAAUAACCUCAGAUACAUUUAUUUGUACUUUAAUAAUUUCUGAA